UGACUUUGCCGGCCUUUCAAGAUGUCCCUGUCUAUCGACCAAACAGGUCCUAGGCCAAGAAGCGGCCAAAAUGCUGCCGAAGAUAAGCCCCGCAAGGCGUGCAUCAAUUGCAGACGCCAGAAGAUGAAAUGCGUCGUCGAAGGUAACAAUAUCUGUCGCCGCUGUCGCCGCUCAGGGGUGCCCUGUAUCUUCCUGCCGCGAGCCAACGCAGCGACUCUGCCGGAGAGCGUGAUGGCUCUGCAGGACGACGAGUUCAAGGCGGAUGUUUUGCAUAGACUCGAGGUUAUUGAGGAGAGAAUUGGUCUCUCCGGGGCGAAGUCUGAGCUGCAGGGUGCGGAUUCUGCUGAGGCUGAUGGCACCAGGGAGUUAUCACCAGAGUCUGAGGGUUUAGGAUCUCUCUGGGAGGCAGUGGCAGUGCUGCAGAGAAGUGUUCCUCAGUCUGUUCCCUCGAUCUGGCGUGGAGAUAUAGUAAAAGAGCUCUGGCUGUCGUUCCACGACAGAAUGCCUGGAUUGCAUUUCAUGCCGCACAAACAGACCUUUUCUGCGCCUCAUCCAAUACUCCUGGCCUCGAUACUAUAUUGCUCCAGCGUUCGAGGGCCGGCAGAUGUUGCAGAACUGGCACCGCACUACUUCACGGUCCUGUGCAACGCCAUUGCCCAGAUAUGCAUCCCCAAUAGCGAGAUGGGCAGGACACCUGACGACACAGAGGAAUGGGCGUUUCAAACCGUCUUGGGGAUAAUUCUGGCUGGACUCCUCAAUGAAGCGACGGUCCGCGAGACUGGGAUCUGGAUCUCUAUAGCAUACCGCCUUAUCCUGGAACACUCUCCGGCACAUAUCGACGAGCCAUCUCGAAAAUGGCGCAAGCUGUUCAGCGGUAUUCAGAUUAUUGACCUCGAGCAUGCCUCGCUCCAUCUUUCCUGUCCUGUUAUUCCUAUUGAGGCGCCCCUGCCUGGUCUGCGCACUCCCCAUCGAGAUCAACUACACAGACUGACUCGGAUGAUGCAUACCGGCUUAACUCAUUUCGCAGGAAGGGGACUGCCGACAAUAUGGUCCUCCUUUACGACUGAUGUCUCAGCGGUGAGCUUGACAAGCGGUUUCACCCCAGUCGACACGGCGGUGAUGAGGGAUUGGGCUCGCCAGCUGGAUGAAUGGCUCGUCGAGUUCACGCAGAGCGCAGAGGGAUCGGAACAAGAUCUCAAGCUUGUCUUUCGACAGUAUGUCCUUCACCGGCUGGUCGUUUUGUCCAUAUACCACCCAGUGAGAGGAUGCAAUAUGUGGUCGAACAGCAUCACACUGAAGGAACAGUACGAGCUGCUUCUUUCGGCCCGUGCGACGCUUAAACUACAUUCUCAUGAUGGUUCGAUCUGGUCGAAUUGGGACCAGGUUAUUAUCACCUGGGCGGCGCUUAUUAUCAUCCAGGGUAUUGAGGGAGGGAGUGGCGAGCCAGAUGAUCUCCCAAGUAUACGAGUGCAUCUUCAAAUGCUCAAGCGAAUGACAGGCCCAAAGCCCAGUCUGCGGGACGUUCUCGUCGCCCGGCUGGAAUCGAGUCUGACUACGAUACAGGUCCGCGAGUCUGCAAGUCUGCCGCAGAAUGUCUAUGGGAAUCUCGCUAUGAUGGCACCGAUGGACCAGUCGUGGCAGCUGUUCGACCAAUCCAGUCUGCAGCAGAUGUAUUCGGACUGGAUGCCUCAAUAAGUUAUCAGGGACCGUAACAACAUAAUCUCCGCGCUCCACCUCUCUAUCUACCAGUAAGCCAGUGAUCAGUGCCUGAUCCAGUGAGAAGCCCGGCAAAGUCCGGCAAACAGUCUCACGUCUCGGACUUCCCCCGUUCUCCCAGACAGCUGGUUCUGUUAUUGGAGGAAUAUAUAAUCACCGUGGACAGAUCGGCGAUCACAAUUCCGUUGGCUGUUGCGAGCUACCUGUUUAGGCUAUGUCGUCUGGAAACAGAAUAAAUACUUCACUACUUUAUAAUAUACUACUUCUCCUUCGC